CAAAACAAACUUUGCAGACGACAGCUUGAAAAUAGACGUGUUUUAUCAAUUUUGGAGCUUAAAUCAAGUGAUGCAGCGUGAAUUGGGAAGCUUUCCUUUUCCUCCACCGAUAAGGGCGAAAUUAAAGGACAAUGGUUUCGGAAUUGUGGAAGAUGUUUUCGAAAUGAAACCGACAGAGUUAAGCAGAGAGCUGGCAGAGGCGCUUAGAUCUUUCUCAAUGGAGAAGAUUCUGGUUGGUAUUCACUACUUCCGUUGCCAUGACUACACGGAGCUGCUUGCGUUAGUCAAUGUACUACCCGAUAUCCUCAAGAAACACGACAAGGUGAAACUUGUUGUGAUUGACAGCAUUGCUUUCCACUUCCGGCACGAUUUUGAUGACUUUUCCUUGAGGACAAGACUUCUGAAUGGACUGGCGCAAAGUCUAAUUAGAGUUGCAUCAAACCACCAAUUAGCUGUUGUGUUGACAAAUCAGAUGACAACCCGUGUUGGCAGUGGACCCUCUCGCCUUAUCCCAGCGCUAGGAGAGAGCUGGGGUCACGCCUGUACUAUUAGAUUAAUCCUCUUCUGGAGAGACAACCAGAGGUACGCAAAUCUCUACAAGUCGCCCAACAAACAAGAGAUGACAGUGCCUUACCAGAUCACGAUGGAUGGUCUAAGAAGCGUUCCAAGGUCAAAGGAAGAACAUGGAUCUCCUUCAACAAUGGAAGCAUAUGAACAGGGCCAGGAAACCACAGAAGACAGUUCCUUUAACCCUCGGAAACGAUCGAGAACAACUGAUCAAAGCUGAAAAGUUUGGUCGCUGUUGUGAUAUAUUUUUCUGGAUAAGGUUACCAGCCAAGAAUAAGGUUACCAGCCACAAUUUUGGAAACAUGUUUGCGACUGGCAAGUUUUUUGCUUAGCAGGAAAUAGCUACAUGUAGGCAUCAUUUUAAGCUUCAGUUUCUUCAUAGAGCUUAUAUUGCGAUUCCCUCCUGGCUGAUUUUUCUUCAUUGUCGAAAGGUAUUGUGGGAAGGAAAAGGGGGCAUACUAAGCCCCUAUUCUCCUUUUCACAGGAUAAAUGUUGACUUUUCUAUGCAAUGAGCCGUGUUGAUGCCCCUACAGCAACGUUAAGUAAUGCUAACAUUAAGCAUGGAUGUUUUUGCAGCCAUGCGCAGUCAUUUUGAAUCCAUUGUGUUUCAUGUACAUAAGAGUUAAUGGUUAGUCUUUAUAUUAAACAUUUGUUAUUGAGAACAAAAAUAAAAGAAACAAA